AUUACUCAGUUGCUAUUUGUACUACAGCUCUAGAUUCUAGAUCUACUCAUUGUAACUCAUCUAGUGACAAUCUAGUCUACUGUCUAUUCAAUAAGGAUUUUCUCAUCCACUAAUCCAGCUUAGCUUCAGGUGGCAAUGUCACUAGAAGCUGAUCCCACGAUUGUAGAAUAUUUUUCGGAACAUGAGCGCUACAAAUGUGGUUAUUGCGGCUCGAAAGAUACAAACUAUUCCCAUGGUAUGUGGGCUCAUCAGAUGACAGUCCAAGACUACCAGGAUCUUAUAGAUAGAGGUUGGAGAAGGAGUGGCAAAUAUUGCUAUAAGCCUACAAUGAAUGUCACCUGUUGCCCCCAGUACACCAUAAAAUGUGAUGCUAUAAACUUCAAACUCAGCAAGUCUCACAAAAAGCUUGUUAAAAGGGUCAAUCGUUAUCUUAUCACUGGACGCAAAAGUGGAAUGGAUGACAGUCCUUUGAUUGAUAGGAAGCAAGAGGGGUGCAGGGACGACCCUUUCAAAAGUGUGGAAUGUUCCCUUGCAGAGAAAGCUAAACCCAGUACUCUUGUCUUGCCUUUUGGAGGAGAGAACAAGACAGAAGUUGAUGUCCAAACCAGCAAAAGCAAUACUUCUUCUGCUUCUGAGUCUUCUAGUAGAAAUAUGCUUUCCUCCACCAGUCAGUCCAAAGAAUCUACUAGUAAUAAAAGUAGUUUUAGCAAUAUGUCCACUGAAAAACACAUUCCUAAGCCAGGUCUUGGUCCUGAUCCUAACAAACCACCGUGUAGAAAAUCAAAAGAGAUUAGAGCUGAGCGCAGGUCCAAAAAAGAACAACAAAAGGGAGAUUACCAAAUAAAAGGGAAAAAAAACAAGCCUAUAGCAGAAAAGAGCUUAGAAGAUCUCCUGAGUGAACCAGAUCAUGUAGAGAACCCCGCCCACAAGCUUGAGAUCAUGCUAUUUCGUACUGUUCCCGAGUCUCACCAGAUCCGUAUCACAUUCCAAGAAUCCUUCUCACUCUUCAAGAAAUACCAGAUGCUUGUUCACAGGGAGUCUGAAGAGGAAUGUGACAAGAUAGGCUUUCGAAAUUUUCUUGUGGAGUCCCCCCUAGAGGAUAACCAAGAUACAAUCAGACCCCCUGAUGGGUUUGGCUCAUUCCAUCAACACUACAUACUUGACGGCAAGCUGAUAGCUGUGGGUGUCAUUGAUAUUUUACCUGCCUGUGUCUCCUCUGUGUACCUCUACUAUGAUCCUGACUACAGUUUCCUGGGUUUAGGUGUUUACUCUGCGUUGAGAGAACUGGCUUUGGUUAGAAAACUUCACCAGUCAGUGCCUGCUCUAAAGUACUACUACAUGGGCUUUUAUAUCCACUCUUGUCCUAAGAUGAGAUACAAAGGACAGUUUGUUCCUUCAUUUUUGGCCUGUCCAGUGUCUUACACUUGGGUAUCCAUUGAACAGUGCCGUCCAAAGCUUGAUGCCAGUAAAUACUCUAGACUUUCGGAGUUAGGUGUUGAAGACAAAGACAAAGAUAUAGAUGUCAACCAAGUACUGGUUCUUAACAAGGGAAAUAUACUACCCUAUGGGUUUUUUAAAAUGAUGACAUCAAGAAAUUCUGAUGAGUCAGAAGUCAAAGAGUAUGCUGAAUUUGUUGGGAAAACAUGUGCUGAGCGGAUGCUACUGGUUAGGAAAUAGAGUUGCACUGUAAUUGAUGUAUUUUUCUGAUAUUUAUGGAUUUAGUUUACUUGCUUCAGAUGUCAAGAGUUGGCGGAUGUUUUAAAAUCUCGCCAACCUUAUUAUUUUGUGUUGUAUAGUUUUGCUGGGAGAUCAAUGAAAUUAAGCAAUAUAGCCUUGUCAUAGUAUCAUGUCUAAAUGAACACAUUUUUCAUUUCAUUUUAUUUGUUGCUAGCAAAAACAUUCUCAACAUGUAUGCUAAUGCUUUAUCUGUGAUAUACAUUUAGACUCAUGUAUUUACACUUAAUAUUGAUAUGAAUAUUUUGUGUGUGUAUUUGUGUGUCUGUUUCCUUAUAUAUUUUCUUUUUUUUUAAUCAUGUAAAAUCAUUGCUGUGCCCCUAAGGCAGAAUGUUGUUCCUAAACUGAACUGAUCUGUGGUAUUUUAAAUCAAAAUCACAAGCAUCUGCAACUUUCAGCACUUUUAAUUUCACUGACUGACCUUGAGACUAAAUCUAUUUUCUCUUAACAUUUGUUUAAAAUCACAGAAAUAAUACUUGGCUGUAAGUUUUACUUUUUGGAUUAGAUUAGUCAUCUCUGUUAUAUGACAAUCUCUUUGCACAUUAAUUGUUUGGUGGUGCUAUCCUGAUCAGCUUGUUCAAUUUUCGUGCCAUCAAAGGAAAUAGUAAUAUCUUACCAUUAAUGUUGUUAAAGUUUCACUUAUCAUUGUAGAAUUUCAUUGGAAAAUUAUCACAUUUUGUCCUAAUGGAAAAAUCAAAAUUCUGAGAGGGGACAACUCAUCAAUUUCAUUUAGUUGAAUUUAUUCAAUGUGCCUGCAUGUGGAUGUAUUGUAUAUUAUUAUGCAACCGAAGACAAUAGAUUCCCAAUAAUCAUUGUUUUUAUUACAAGAUUGCCACCAGAAAAUAGACGAAUUAGUACAAAAACGUUUUUAUAAAUAUAUAAAUUUAUGAUUGAUUUUAAUGUUAGGUAUACAAUGGCUUGAUGUGUAUUUGAUGUGCAUAUGUUAAAUUCAUUAGAUAUUGCCAUCACUAAACUGAUAAAUCUUAUCAUUCUUGGCCCCUCUGCUGCUUUGUAGGGUUUCACUUAAUACUGGACUGGCAGUUUAAGAUUAUUUUGUUCAUUUGUUUCACACUGGGGUCAUUGAUGAAUUGGGCCUCUGAGGAGGAAAUAGAAAUGUUUUUGUUGCUGAUCAUUAACAGAAUCAGUGAUCUUCUAAAUCAGCAAUAAUAAGUACAGGAGCUUUUCUAGCUUCCUAAUUCCUGCCUUCUCAUUGGUGAAUAGAGAAUCACUUAACAGUUUUGUAGAGUCUUACAUGUCACUGUAUUAUUAUUGCCUAUGCAUAAGCUAUCAGUCUGAGACAUAUAAAUAUAUAUUUCUUUAAAAAUA